AUUAGGUUUACUUUUGAGAUUGUACCAAGCCCAACCACUGCCACAAAGACUGAAUUAGUGGAGUUGCUUUUUUAACUUUUCUAAGCCUUCUUCCAAGAAAUCAAAGAAACAAACAGCUGCUGCCGACUGAGUCAAUCAUGGAGAAUGAUUUUCCCUCAGAUUUUGAACUUUAUGAAAGCCAAGAACUGAAUAGCAGUGAACCCCUGGAUCGACUUAGUGAGUUGCCUGACUCGGUAGUCCACUUCAUCUUCUCAUUCUUGCCCAUGGAUUAUGUUGUUAGGACGACAAUUCUUUCCAAAAGAUGGAAAGACCUCUGGACCUUUGUUCCCUACAUCUAUUUUCAACCUAAAGAAGGUGAGUUAGAUAAGUUCACAAACUUCGUUAACCGGACACUGAUGCUCUGGAAAGGUAAAAAGAUUCAGAAAUUCACUAUUGAUUUUAAAGAUGUCUAUGAACCAUCUUCAUGUACCGAUCUUAAUUUGUGGGUCCGUUUCGCUUUGGAACAUGAAGUUGAAGAGCUAGACCUGGAUUAUUUCUUCGUUACUUUGGAUGACAGAUACUGGAUGACUCAGCGACUAUUCUCUGGUUCAUCAAUCAAAAAAUUGCGCAUCAUGGAUUGUAAUAUGGAGGUUUCUGGGAAAAUACAUUGGGAUCAACUCAAGAGUUUAACAAUUAAUACUGUGCGUUGGGGUCAAGAUGAGAUUGACAAAGUGUUAUCUGGCAGCCCUCAAUUGGAAAUCUUGAUCAUGUACACCUCGGAGAAGAUGAGUAUUCAUUCUGGUAGUUUGAAGAAGCUAUUUAUUCAUUUUGAUUUGCAUAAUCAUUUUGGUGAAGAAAUAGAUUCCGCGUUGGAAAUUUGGACUCCAAAUCUUCAAGUAUUAGAAAUUUCAGGGCGUUUGUACUGUAAAUUCUUCUUGCAAGUGAACGUCCCAUCUUUGGUUGAGGCAACCCUUCAUUUUUCUACCCCAGGGUAUGAUGACCUAGAAAUGGUGAUGGUGAGGGAUUUUUUCCAGAGCAUUCAUCAUGUUGAGAAGCUUUCACUAGGAAGUCACUUCAUUAAGGAGCUAUCUGCAAUGGAGAAGAACGAUUUGCCUUCACCUCCGUUAAAUUUGAAGCGUUUAAGCGUAGAUACUUAUAUUGGGAAAGAUGUGCUUGCCGGAAUUUUGAACCUCCUUGAAAUCUCACCAGAUUUGUCCAUUUUAGAAAUCAUGGAUCUCAGAUCAUAUGAGGACGGCAGCGAAUUUUUUUGCCGCAAUGUUGGGGGAAACUUCAAAUCACAGCUAGAGUUACGAGAUUCCUUUAACAUGCGUUUGAAGACUGUUACAAUUACAUGGUAUGUAGACAGCACCUCAUUGUUUUCAUUUAUAGAGUUUGUGUUGAAAAAUGCUAGCAAGCUCGAAAAAAUGGUUAUCCAGGCAAAACCAAUCGAUUCACAUCCGCCAGAUUUAUUCUUUGAAAUAGCACAGAAACUGUUAAGAAUGCCAAGAUCCUCUCCCAAUGCAGAGGUCGUUUUACGCAGAUUGUAUUCCGAAGACGACUCGUCGAGUAUUGACUAUUCUUGAUGGUUUGUUUGGAAGAACAAUUCAUUCACAUUCUGAAUUUGUUCUAUCGAUUGUCGUGUGUCCAAACAUGCUCAGAGCAUAUGCUAUGUUUUGAGAUCAUCUUAGUCAUAAAGAUGUCAAUAUUGUAACGUUUUAUUUUUUGUUUUUGCUUUCAAGUCUAGUGCUGUACGUAUAAGGGUAAGUAUGUAUUCCCAAAAACUGAGUGUGCAAUAAUUUUGUGAAUAAGAUUUAGCUUAUGUUUUAUAGUUAA